AUGACUUUCUAUGACGCUAAAUGUUCAGAUGCUGGCGUCUACAUUUGUCAAGCAACGUACGCUGAUUCAGUCGAUGGGAAUAUCCAUUCAACAUACGAGAAUCAAAGUGUCGACACUUUCAUUGGAUUAGUCCCUGAAUCCGUGACGUUAAAUCCUCAGAAUAAACUAGACAAGGGUCCAAAUGGAUCAGUCAAUUCUGCUGGAUCUGAUGUUAACUUAACGUGUACUGUUACUGGCCCUGAAUAUGUAACAAUUAAAUGGAAAAUAAAUAAUACAUACGAAGUCAGAGGCGAAUAUGAAUCAGUUGCUAUAAACAGUACCAACAAAAUGUGUAUCAAGUACCGUCAUUGGUCAACGCUAAGGCACCAGAUUCUGAGAGAGAGCAGUGAUAAUGUAUACACGAUUGUAUGUGUGGCUACAGCGAACUUAGAAGAGACAACAGUUGGGACCAUGACGAUAUACAUCAAAAAUGAAUCCAAGGCAAAUGAACCAAACACAGCUUUAAAAAAUCUUGAAAGUCACGACAUAGUCAGCCCAGGUGAUGUUCCAGAAGGUGAAUCUUUCACCGUGACAUGCGAUGCUUCACGAGCAGGGGUUCCGGAAAAUGAAACAAAAAUUUCAUCACUGUCUAUUUAUAAGAGUACUACAAUGGAAACACCAAAAACAACAUAUGCAAAAUAUGAGACAUUUCGCUAUCCUAAUACAUCGGUGAGAUAUUUGAAAGUUAACCUAUUUUAG